UGGCGCUGCGCUUCUCCGGCUGCGAACCAGACACAAGCCACGGCAUCCGCCGCCCGGCGCGCACCGGCCGCGACCUGUCUCCGCCGCCCGCACUGGAGGGGCGCAACGCGGCCACCGACCCGGAGGCGCUCGAGGAAGUGAGAGGGGUCUCUGUGCACUUCGGGCGCCCGCGCAGCGCACGGUGAGCGCCCCGCUCUGGGGCUCGGGGAUUCCUUAGCCCCGGGGUGCCCGAUGGGGUCACCCCGGGGUCGCAGGGCUGAAGUUGGGAAGCUCUCAGCCCGCCCCCGCCGCCGAGCCCGACAUGCUGCCGCCGGGGAGCAAUGGCACCGCGUCCCGGGCGCGGUUCAGGCAGCAGCAGCUGGCGCAGAGGGGCUCCGUGGGGGGCUCGGAGGGGGCGACGCCCCUGGGGCCAGCGCAGGUGAUCACCGCCGGCCUCCUGACCCUGCUCAUCGUCUGGACCCUGCUGGGCAACGUGCUGGUGUGCGCAGCCAUCGUGCGCAGCCGCCACCUGCGCGCCAAGAUGACCAACGUCUUCAUCGUGUCUUUGGCUGUGUCCGACCUCUUCGUGGCGCUACUGGUCAUGCCCUGGAAGGCGGUUGCCGAGGUGGCCGGUUACUGGCCCUUUGGGGCCUUCUGCGACAUCUGGGUGGCCUUUGACAUCAUGUGCUCCACCGCGUCCAUCCUGAACCUGUGCGUCAUCAGCGUGGACCGCUACUGGGCCAUCUCCAGGCCCUUCCGCUACGAGCGCAAGAUGACCCAGAGCGUGGCUUUGGUCAUGGUCGGCCUGGCCUGGACCUUGUCCAUCCUUAUCUCGUUCAUCCCGGUUCAACUCCACUGGCACAGGGACAAGUCGGGCUCCUGGGGCCACGUGGAGCCACCGUCCGGCCUGGCCAACGGGACGCCCGGGGAGGAGGCAGGGGAGCCCGAGGUGAGGGGGCAGAAUUGUGACUCCAGCCUGAACCGAACUUAUGCCAUCUCCUCUUCGCUCAUCAGCUUCUACAUCCCCGUGGCCAUCAUGAUCGUGACCUACACGCGUAUCUACCGCAUCGCCCAGGGGCAGAUCCGCCGGAUUUCCUCGCUGGAGAGGGCCGCGGAGCACGCGCAGAGCUGGCGUGGCCGCACGGCCUGUGCGCCCGACGCCAGCCUGCGGGCGUCCAUCAAGAAGGAAACCAAGGUCCUCAAGACGCUGUCGGUGAUCAUGGGGGUCUUCGUGUGCUGCUGGCUGCCCUUCUUCAUCCUUAACUGCAUGGUCCCCUUCUGCCCCGGACGCCGCGAGGGUCCCGGCGCCGGCUUCCCCUGCGUCAGCGAGACCACCUUCGACGUCUUCGUCUGGUUCGGCUGGGCCAACUCCUCCCUCAACCCGGUCAUCUACGCCUUCAACGCUGACUUCCGGAGGGUGUUUGCGCAGCUGCUGGGAUGCAGCCGCCUCUGCUCCCGCACCCCGGUGGAGACGGUGAACAUCAGCAAUGAGCUCAUCUCCUACAACCAGGACACCGCCUUCCACAAGGAGGUCGCGGCUGCCUACAUCCACAUGAUCCCCAAUGCCGUGUCCCCGGGGGACAGGGAGGCCGACAAGGAGGAGGAGAGCCCUUUCCAUCCAAUGUCCCAGAUCUGUCAGACGGCCCCAGAUGGGGACCCUGCUGCCGAGUCUGCCUGGGAGCUGGACUGCGAGGGAGAGGUCUCUUUAGGCAAAAUAACGCCUUUCACCCCAAAUGGAUUCCAUUAGUGUCCAAGGAAGCCCCUUCUGGGUCUGUAUCAUUGCACAGACAUUCACAAGCAUGCAGAAUACACACUCCCAAGCACACUUCCCAAGCUGCUUGGUGCAUUGCAUUUUCUGUGUCUGUGCAGUAGCCCAUGUGCCGAGAAACGUCACCAAACUGAUUUGUUGCUCAAAGAAUGGGCAGGAGGUUUGGAAUAAACUCAGAUGUACUCCAGCCCAGCAGACGUGGACGGGUGGUCGGUCCCGUGAGAGAAGGCGGUGUUUGGUUCUUUAAAAAAAAAAAAAGUGGUAGUUAAUCUUUAAAAAAAUCCUCGCCCCUCCCCCUUUUACACAAAUGAAUUGUUCAGUGACUUAUUUUUGUCUGGUUGAUUGUUAGACCACAGGUUGUCUGUGUGUGUCGUACUGACGGGGGUGCGUGUGGCUCUCCUGUAUCUUGCUUCCGGUAGCCCUGUGUUUGUGCCGUUUCUGCCCUGUGUGUGUCUUUGCGACAGCCGGGGACUCUUCCUGAUUUGUUCCGGUGUCUAAUAAACACAAAUUAUGUGGA